AUGUGUAACAUUCCAGCGGCAUUAAAGCCGCCCGUUGGGAAUGACAUCUUUGUUGAGCCGGAAGAGGUGAACCACGUUCUCGGCAUGUACAAGGAUGCCACAAUUCUAAUUACCGGAGGAACAGGGUUUCUCGGCAAGGUGCUGCUGGAAAAGGCACUUCGCUGUUUGGAAGUGAAGAAAAUCUUCCUGUUGGUUCGACGCAAGGACGGUCUAAGUGUGGAGCAGAGACUCGUCAAGCUGCUGCAGGAUGCGAUAUUCGAUAAAGUUCUCGCAAUUUAUGGUUCCACGAGCCAACUGGCCGCUAAACUGGAAGCAGUGCAGAUUGAUUUGGAGAACGAUAGACUGUGCCAGUGUGACCCCAUACUCGAACGGCGUGUGUUGGAUGAAACGGAAAUAGUUUUCAACGUGUUGGCUUCGGUUAAAUUCAAUGAAUCUAUUCGGAAUGCCAUUCUGACCAAUAUGGCUGGCACCAGAAAGCUGCUUCAAAUGGCACAAAAAAUGGAGCGGCUCAAAUCGGUGGUCCAUGUAUCCACGCUGUAUUCGAAUUGUAAUCGGCUCGAAAUUGAGGAGAAAAUAUACGAUGAUAUUCCACUGAGGCAUUCCACGAUUUUGGAGCUGGCAUCCUCACUGACCGAGAACGAAAUGAGUCGAUUUCAGCACUGUUUCCUUGGGCCGAUGCCGAAUACGUAUACGUUCAGCAAAAAGUGUGCCGAAGUGAUGAUUCGUGACGAGUUUUCUCAGCUGCCAAUUGGAAUUUUCCGACCACCCAUAGUUAUCUCCACCUUUCGAGAGCCGAUUUCCGGCUGGACGGACAAUCUGAAUGGACCUUCGGGGCUGUGCAUGGGUACGGUCAAAGGCCUCAUACACAUCAUCUGGGGUGAUAAAUCGAAAAAAGCAAACCUAGUGCCGGUGGACUUCUGCGUCAAUGCCAUCAUUGUGGCUGCCUAUGACGUCAUGCGACGGAAUGUGACUUACAGUUCUGCCAGUAGACUAGAUGCGGAAGAUGCGGAAGGCAAUGCGCUACCACCACACCAUAAUCCGAUUGACAGCUUACAUCCGAAUGUGUUCAAUACAGGCAUACCAAGUGAAGCGGACAGAUUGCCCCUCUACAACUAUAUGUAUCCGGAGCACAGUCUGACUUGGGGCAAAUACAUGGAGUUGGCAUCGCUUGGCUUCGAAAGCCGGCUGCAUCAAAUGGUUUGGAGUUAUUCAUAUAUGAUCACAUCGUAUCGUCCGCUGUUCCGGAUGCUGUCCUUGUGCUUACACACAGUGCCUGCCAUUGUGCUAGACGCUUACAGACAGUUAUGCAGAAAGAAACCAAUCUACCGGAGGACGAUGCAGAAGACAAGCCGAGCGUUGGAGUUAAUGGCCUAUUUUGGGCUCCGUGAGUGGACCAUUCACAGCAGCAACGUUCGUCGGUUGCGGGGCUUGUUGUCUAGUAACGAAGCUCGUCUGCUGGAAUUCGAUAUGGCAGCCAUAGACUGGAAGCAGUACUUCCUGGCAUACAUUCCUGGAAUAAGGCGGUACUGGUGCGGGCAGCGUGAUGCACGGACCAGCAAUUGGCAGCCAUCAUCUAGCCGAAGGUUUCUUUAUAUGCAGCGACUUUUUCAUCGCCUGGUGUGGAUCUGGAUCUGUGUUAGACUUACACGAGUUUCUUCAAAGUUUUUGUUGAACAAUUUGUUUACCAUACUGAUAGCGUAA